AUUAAAACAACAUUCAUUUCCGUCCCAACCUAAAAUGCUCACCGCGGCAAUCUUUGUUGGUGGAUUGUUCAUUUUGGUGUGACCAAGCUAUAUGGCAGAAGAAGAACUCAACAGCUCUUUAGAGUAUACACCGACAUGGGUGGUUGCGCUUGUUUGCUUUGUCAUUGUUCUGCUCUCUCUUUGUGCCGAGCGCGCUCUUCAUAAACUCGGAAAGUAUUUAAAGCAUGAGAAACAAGAUGCGCUAUUUGAAGCCCUACAGAAAUUAAAAGAAGAGUUGAUGCUUUUAGGGUUCAUUUCCCUUCUACUAACUGUAUCUCAGCGUUCCAUAAUACGCAUAUGCAUCCCCUCUAAUCUAGCAAAUCACAUGCUUCCGUGCAAGAGGGAAACUUCUGAAGGAAACAAUAAUGCACAUUACUCUCUUGAUCAAUCUAUAAACAACCGGCGGCGGCUUUUGUCCACAGAUACAAAUUCAGACCAUUGUCUGCAAAAGGGGAAGGUUCCGUUGUUAUCAUUGGAAGCACUACAUCAUCUACACAUCUUCAUCUUUGUAUUGGCAGUUGUGCAUGUGAUCUUUUGUGUCACAACUAUGGUUCUUGGAGGGGCAAGGGUACGUCAAUGGAAGCGCUGGGAGUCUGAUGCAACUAGUGGUGGAAAUGUGCAUGUUUCUCAACGCCAACAUCGUGAAUUCUUGAGUAAACGAGGAGUAGGAUAUUGGCGAAGAGCAGCUGUCAUAGGUUGGGUGAUAUCAUUCUUCAAACAAUUUUAUGGUUCUGUCUCUAAGCCGGACUACAUUGCAUUGCGACAAGGGUUUACCAAGGAGCACUUCCCUUCGGAUCCCCAAUUUGAUUUUCACAAAUACAUUAUGCGGACACUUGAAGCUGAUUUUAGAAAAAUUGUUGGGAUAAGCUGGUACCUAUGGCUCUUUGUUGUGCUAUUUUUGUUGCUGAAUGUGGAAGGAUGGCAUACCUAUUUUUGGUUAGCGUUUUUGCCGCUGAUUCUUCUGCUUCUUGUGGGCGCUAAGCUGGAACACAUAAUUACCCGUUUGGCUCAGGAGGUUACGCAAGGGACGACAGCACUGGGUGAUCAUGGAGCAGGUGCAAGAGUGAAACCUUCAGACGAACACUUUUGGUUUCACAACCCUCGCAUUGUUCUGAAUUUGAUCCACUUCAUAUUGUUCCAGAAUUCAUUUGAGAUUGCAUUCUUCUUCUGGAUCUGGACAACGUAUGGAUUUCGUUCAUGCAUCAUGGAAAAGUUGGGGUACAUCGUGCCGAGACUUAUUAUGGGUGUGAUUGUUCAAGUGCUUUGCAGUUACAGCACACUACCUUUGUAUGCACUUGUCAGCCAGAUGGGUACCAUGUACAAGUUUGAUCAAAAUGUACAACAAUAUAUUGGUUCGUGGGUGGGAGAUGCAAAAAACAAGCAAGAUAAAACAGACAAAGACCAAUCUUUGUCACAAAGAACACAAACGCACAACAUGAUGAAUACAGAGUUAUCUCAAAUUGAUAUUGUACAACAAGAAACAGCUGCCAACAAAACAACUACCACUUCGCCAGUUUCAUCCUCUCAACUUUGUUCAUGAUUUUUUUUAGUUACCUCUUUUGUUCAUUUAAUUUGCAUGUAACCAUAUACUUAACUAUGUGUACAAACAAAAUAUUUCAUUGUCGAAAUUUACUUCUACGUACAAAUAAAUAUUUCAUCGUC